AUGGGUGCCCCGGGGCUCCUGUGGCUGCUGCCGCCGCUGCUCGCCGCGGUAGCCUUGGGCUCGGACGGCCACGGCGGCCCCCGCGCGGCCUCCGCGCUGCAGCCCCGGGAGCCGCUCAGCUACUCGCGCCUGCAGAGGAAGAGUCUGGCCGUGGACUUCGUGAUACCUUCGCUCUUCCGCGUCUACGCCCGAGACCUGCUGUUGCCGCUGCCUCCGUCCUCCUCGGAGCACCGGGCCGGCGGCAUGGAGGCGCGCGGCUCCUUGGCUCUGGACUGCGCCCCUCUGCUCAGGCUGCUGGGGCCGCCGCGCGGGACCCCGGAGCGGACCCCGGCGCUGUCCAGGGUGCUGAAGGGCGGCUCGGUGCGCAAGCUCAGGCGCGCCAAGCAGCUGGUGCUGGAGCUGGGCGAGGAGGCGAUCGUGGAGGGCUGCCUCGGGCCCCCCGAGGAGCCGGCUGUCGGGCUGCUCCAGUUCAACCUCAGCGAGCUGUUCAGCUGGUGGAUUCGCCACGGCGAAGGGCGGCUGAGGAUCCGUCUGAUGCCCGAGAAGAAGGCGUCGGAAGUGGGCAGGGAGGGAAGGCUAUCCGCGGCCAUCCGAGCCUCCCAGCCCCGCCUCUUCUUCCAGAUCUUCGGGACCGGUCAUAACUCCUUGGAGUCACCAACAAGCAUGCCUUCUCCUCCCCCUGAUCAUUUUGUGUGGAAUCUGACCUGGAUAAUGAAAGAUUCCUUCCCUUUCCUGUUCCAUCGCAGUCGAUACGGCUUCGAAUGCAGCUUUGACGCCCCCUGUGAGCUGGAAUACUCCCCCCCACCGCACAGCCUCGGGAACCAGAGCUGGUCCUGGCGGCGUGUGUCGUCUGAGGAGGCCACGCAGAUGGAUUUUCUGGAUGGGCCUGAGACCGAGCGCUCGAAGGAGAUGCCCAGAGGCUCCUUCCUCCUCCUCAACACCUCAGCCGACUCCAAGCACACCAUCCUGAGCCCGUGGAUGAGGAGCAGCAGCCAGCACUGCACGCUGGCCGUGUCGGUGCACAGACACCUGCAGCCCUCGGGGAGGUACGUCGCCCAGCUGCUGCCCCACAACGAAGCCGGAAGAGAGAUCCUCCUGGUGCCCACUCCAGGGAAGCAUGGCUGGACAGUGCUGCAGGGAAGAAUUGGGCGCCCAGAGAACCCGUUCCGAGUGGCCCUGGAAUACAUCUCCAGUGGAAACCGCAGCUUGUCCGCAGUGGACUUCUUUGCCCUGAAGAACUGCAGUGAAGGGACAUCGCCAGGCUCCAAGAUGGCUCUGCAGAGCUCCUUCACCUGCUGGAACGGAACAGUCCUCCAGCUCGGGCAGGCGUGUGACUUCCACCAGGACUGUGCCCGUGGAGAAGAUGAGGACCAGCUGUGUAAGAAACUUCCUGCUGGCUUUUACUGCAACUUCGAAGACGGCUUCUGUGGAUGGUCUCAGAGUACACUGUCACCCCACAUUCCCAAGUGGCAAGUCAACACCUUGAAGGACACCCGGUCCCUGGACCACCAAGGCGGUGCCCUGCUGCUCAGCACCACUGACGCCCCCACUGCUGAGAGUGCCGCAGUGACCAGCGCCACGUUCCCGGCCCCAAUGAAGAACUCUCCUUGCGAGCUCCGAAUGUCCUGGCUCAUCCGUGGAGUUCUGAGAGGGAACGUGUCCCUGGUGCUGGUGGAGAACAAAACUGGGAAGGAACAAAGCCGGAUGCUCUGGCAUGUUGCCACCGAUGAAGGCUUGAGCCUGUGGCAGUGGACAGUGCUGCCUCUCCUCAACGUGUCUGACAGGUUCUGGCUGCAGUUAGUCACAUGGUGGGGACAAGGAUCCAGGGCCACGGUGGCGUUUGACAAUAUCUCCAUCAGCCUGGACUGCUACCUCACCAUCAGCGGCGAGGAUAAGAUACUCCAGAACCCAGCACCCAAAUCCAGGAAUCUGUUUGAAAGAAAUACACACACAGAGACAAAACCUAAGGGAAAUGGACCAGAACAGGUUCCCAUCUUCGACCCCACAGUUCACUGGCUGUUCACCACCUGUGGGGCCAGCGGGCCGCACGGCCCCACACAGGCCCAGUGCAACAACGCCUACCAGAACUCCAACCUGAGCGUGGUGGUGGGAAGCGAAGGGCCCCUGAAGGGCGUCCAGAUCUGGAAAGUGCCGGCCACCAACACCUACAGCAUCUCGGGCUACGGAGCGGCUGGUGGGAAAGGCGGGAAGAACGCCAUGACGCGGUCCCAUGGCGUGUCCGUGCUGGGCGUCUUCAACCUGGAGAAGGACGACGCGCUGUAUAUCCUGGUUGGACAGCAGGGGGCAGACGCCUGUCCCAGUACAAACCAAUUAAUCCAGAAAGUCUGCAUUGGAGAGAACAACGUGAUAGAAGAAGAGCUUCGUGCCAACAGAAGCGUGCGCGAGUGGGCUGGAGGCGGCGGCGGCGGGGGCGGAGCCACCUAUGUGUUUAAGAUGAAGGAUGGAGUGCCAGUGCCCCUCAUCAUUGCUGCUGGCGGAGGUGGCAGAGCCUACGGAGCCAAGACAGACACGUUCCACCCAGAGAGACUGGAAAAUAACUCCUCAGUUCUAGGGCUGAACGGAAAUUCCGGAGCCGCAGGUGGUGGAGGCGGCUGGAAUGAUAACACUUCCUUACUCUGGGCCGGAAAGUCUUUGCUGGAGGGUGCUGCUGGAGGACAUUCCUGCCCCCAGGCUAUGAAGAAGUGGGGGUGGGAGACAAGAGGGGGUUUCGGAGGGGGUGGAGGGGGGUGCUCCUCAGGUGGAGGAGGCGGAGGAUAUAUAGGUGGCAAUGCAGCCUUAAACAAUGACCCUGAAAUGGAUGGGGAAGAUGGGGUUUCCUUCAUCAGUCCAUUGGGCAUCCUGUAUACCCCGGCCUUAAAAGUGAUGGAGGGCCAUGGGGAAGUGAAUAUCAAGCAUUAUCUAAACUGCAGUCACUGUGAGGUAGAUGAAUGCCACAUGGACCCCGAGACCCAUAAGGUCAUCUGCUUCUGCGACCAUGGGACGGUGCUGGCUGAGGAUGGUGUUUCCUGCAUUGCGUCACCCACCCCGGAGCCCCACCUGCCGCUCUCGCUGAUCCUCUCUGUGGUGACCUCUGCCCUGGUAGCCGCCCUGGUUCUGGCGUUCUCCGGCAUCAUGAUCGUGUACCGCAGGAAGCACCAGGAGCUGCAAGCCAUGCAGAUGGAGCUGCAGAGCCCCGAGUACAAGCUGAGCAAGCUGCGCACCUCCACCAUCAUGACAGACUACAACCCCAACUACUGCUUUGCCGGCAAGACCUCGUCCAUCAGCGACCUGAAGGAGGUGCCCCGGAAAAACAUCACCCUCAUCAGGGGUCUCGGCCAUGGUGCAUUUGGGGAAGUGUACGAAGGCCAGGUGUCUGGAAUGGCUAACGACCCAAACCCCCUACAAGUGGCUGUAAAGACACUGCCAGAGGUGUGCUCGGAGCAGGACGAGCUGGAUUUCCUCAUGGAGGCUCUGAUCAUCAGCAAAUUCAACCACCAGAACAUCGUGCGCUGCAUUGGGGUGAGUCUGCAGGCCCUGCCGCGCUUCAUCCUGCUGGAGCUCAUGGCCGGCGGUGACCUCAAGUCCUUCCUCCGGGAGACCCGCCCUCGCCCGAGCCAGCCCUCCUCCCUGGUCAUGCUGGACCUCCUGCGCGUGGCUCGGGACAUCGCCUGCGGCUGUCAGUACCUGGAGGAAAAUCACUUUAUCCACAGGGAUAUUGCUGCUAGAAACUGCCUCUUGACCUGUCCUGGCGCUGGAAGAAUAGCAAAAAUUGGGGACUUUGGGAUGGCCCGAGAUAUCUACAGAGCCAGUUACUACAGAAAGGGAGGGUGUGCCAUGUUGCCCGUUAAAUGGAUGCCCCCAGAGGCCUUCAUGGAAGGAAUAUUUACUUCCAAAACAGACACGUGGUCCUUCGGUGUGCUGUUGUGGGAAAUAUUUUCGCUUGGGUAUAUGCCUUACCCCAGCAAGAGCAACCAGGAAGUUCUGGAGUUCGUCACCAGUGGAGGACGGAUGGAUCCGCCCAAGAACUGCCCAGGGCCUGUAUACCGGAUAAUGACCCAGUGCUGGCAGCAUCAGCCCGAAGACAGACCCAACUUCGCCAUCAUUUUGGAGCGGAUUGAGUACUGCACACAGGACCCCGACGUCGUCAACACCGCGCUGCCCGUGGAGUACGGGCCGCCGGCGGAGGACGAGGACAAGGUGCCCGCACGGCCCGCGGACGCCGCCGAGCCGCCGCCGCCGCCACCGCCGCCGCCGCCGCAGGUGUCCGCGCGCCCGCCCGCGCCCUCGUCGUCGUCCGCCGCCGCCGGGCACGGCGCCGCCUCGGCCAACAAGCCCACGAGCCUGUGGAACCCGACGUACGGCUCGUGGUGCGCCCGCGCCCCGCGCCCCGCGCCCGGCCCGGCCCCCCGCGCCGCCCCGACCCCCGCCCCGGGCCCCGGCCGCCUGCCCGGGGCCGCGCUGCUGCUGGAGCCCGGGGCGCUGGCGGCGGGCCACAAGGACGUGCCGCUCUUCCGCCUGCGCCACUUCCCGUGCGGCAACGUCAACUACGGCUACCAGCCGCGCGCGGUGCCCCCCGAGCCCGGCCUGCGCGCCAAGGCCAAGGCCAAGGCCGCCAGCCCGCCCGCGCCCUGA